AUGCUCUCUUUUGAACGUCUGGAAUCGUUCGUUAUAUUCGUCGUUCGUUUAACCUUUCGCGUCGCGGCGAAAGCGUUGUUUUCCUUUUCCUCCAGGAGCCGAACAGGAAAGAGGAGCACGAAUAGUAAUAGCAACUUGUUUAACAAAGAGCAUAAAAUACACGCGCUGAUAAAGCACUUGCGAGAGAUUGAGCGGCACGAGGAAGAGCUGAGCGUGAAGUUAGCCAUCGUGCGGCGACAGCUGUGCGAAGAGAAGAUGAAAAAUAGUAAUAACGGCUUCGGCACGGUUCGUCAUAGCGGUAAAGUCGAGCCCAGAAAAUGCUCCGCAUCAUCAUCAAUUGAAUAA